UCCUCCUGUUGCGUCAAGAAAGAGAGAGACAGACAGAGAGCGAAACGGUGAGAGGGGGAGCCGAAGCUCCAUUCUAUCGUCUCUCUCCGUGAAGGGAGGGAAGUUGGCACCUUGGACCAGCUCGGCAAAGAAUUGUAGAGAGUUUUCGGUUGAAAUUGGCAACCAGGAAUCUGAAAUCCUGUCGGCAUUAUUGUAUAAAUCAAUAGAUCUUUAAAGCUCCGAACUUUAGAUUAAUGGAGGCGCGUUUGUCUUGCUGUUGAGUUAAGGAGAAAGCAACCAGCAGCCGACGAGAGAAGGGAGCAAUGGAGCGACGAGUUAGGAAACGUGAUCGGCUCAAAUGGAGCCUGCUUUAUACGUUCUCUUGUACCCGGGCGACAAUGACGGCCGACGAGGAGCAGGCUUCUCUCGACUGUCCCGGUUACUCUCGCAUCAUCCACUGCAACCAACCGCAGCUCCACACGAAGAUGGGCCUCUAUUACACUGGCAACCACAUCUCCACCACGAGGUACAACUUCGUCACCUUCCUCCCCAAAGCAUUGUUCGAGCAAUUCCGUCGGGUGGCCAACAUCUACUUCCUCCUCGCUGCCGUGCUCUCCCUCACACCGGUUUCCCCCUUCACUCCGGUGAGCAUGAUUGCUCCGCUCGCCUUCGUUGUCGGGCUGAGCAUGAUGAAGGAAGCGCUCGAAGAUUGGAAGAGAUUUAUCCAGGACAUGAAGGUCAACCGCCGAAGAGGCGAUGUUCACGGGGGUGAGGGGCAGUUCGUCCACAAGCAUUGGCAAGACAUUCGCGUGGGGGAUGUCGUCAAGGUCGAGAAAGACAAAUUUUUUCCAGCUGACCUCCUACUGCUUUCUUCAAGCUAUGAAGAUGGGAUUUGCUAUGUGGAGACCAUGAAUUUGGAUGGUGAGACUAACUUGAAGGUCAAGCGAUCACUUGAGGUAACAUUGUCCUUGGAAGAUGAUGAGGCCUUCAAGGACUUCGCAGGCACUAUAAAAUGUGAAGAUCCCAAUCCCAGCCUUUACACUUUUGUGGGUAAUUUUGAGUAUGAAAGACAGUUGUAUGUGCUUGAUCCGAGCCAGAUUUUGCUCAGGGAUUCAAAACUUAGGAAUACAAGUUACAUAUAUGGAGUGGUUAUCUUCACUGGCCAUGACAGCAAAGUUAUGCAAAAUGCUACCGACUCACCGUGUAAGAGAAGCAGAAUUGAGAGGAAAAUGGAUAGUAUAAUAUAUAUUCUCUUCAGUCUUCUUGUUCUCAUAUCAUUAAUUAGCUCAAUAGGAUUUGCUAUUUUGACAAAGUAUGGAAUGCCGAAUUGGUGGUUCUUGCAACCCAAUAUUACCACUGGCUUGUAUGAUCCUUCUAGACCAGCGGUAUCUGGUGUUUUCCAUCUGGUCACAGCCCUGAUUCUUUAUGGAUAUCUGAUUCCUAUUUCCCUUUAUGUUUCUAUUGAAGUCGUCAAAGUCUUGCAAGCAACAUUCAUCAACCAAGAUGUUUUCAUGUAUGAUGAGGAGAUUGGAAAGCCUGCACGAGCACGAACUUCAAAUUUGAAUGAGGAGCUCGGGCAAGUUGAUACCAUUCUUACGGAUAAAACAGGAACUUUAACUUGCAACCAAAUGGAUUUUCUCAAAUGUUCCAUUGCUGGAAUUUCAUAUGGUCUACGAGCUAGUGAAGUUGAAAUUGCUGCAGCAAAGCAGAUAGCAGCAGAAGUUCCUGGUACUCCUGAGCAUCAUACUGGAAGUCAGGAUCCGUGGGAGGGGAAGUCACCCUCUCAUGGAUCAUCGGAUAUUAAAUUCGAACAUGAGAUUACUUGUAUGAUUGAGGAUAUACACAAACCUGCCAUAAAAGGUUUUAGUUUUCAAGAUGACCGCUUAAUGCAUGGAAACUGGACAAAGGAACCCACUGCAAGUACUAUUCUUCUUUUCUUAAGAAUACUUGCUUUGUGUCACACUGCAAUUCCUGAAGCAAAUGAUGAAACUGGUGGCUUCAACUAUGAAGCAGAAUCACCAGAUGAAGCUGCAUUCCUUGUUGCAGCGAGGGAAUUCGGCUUUGAAUUUUUUAAGAGGACCCAAUCUAGUGUGUUCAUCAGAGAAAAAUACUCUCCUUCCGAGGAACCCGUGGAGAGGGAGUUCAAGAUUCUCAAUCUACUGGAAUUUAACAGCAAAAGGAAGAGAAUGUCUGUAAUUCUGCGUGAUGAGAAUGGACAGAUUGUUCUUCUUUGCAAAGGUGCUGACAGUAUCAUUUUUGAUAGACUUUCCAAAAAUGGAAAAAUGUAUGAGAGUGAUACAAGCAAACAACUCAAUGAAUAUGGGGAAGCAGGCUUGAGGACAUUAGCACUGGCGUAUAGGGUGCUUGAUGAAUCUGAGUAUUCUUCUUGGAACAAUGAGUUUUUAAAAGCAAAAACUACCAUUGGAGCAGAUCUGGAAGCACAAAUUGAGAGAGUUUCUGAUAUGAUGGAAAGAGAAUUGAUUCUUGUAGGUGCAACUGCUGUGGAAGACAAAUUACAAAAAGGGGUUCCUCAGUGUAUAGAUAAAUUAGCUCAAGCUGGUCUCAAGAUCUGGGUUCUGACUGGUGAUAAGCUUGAAACUGCAAUCAAUAUAGGAUUUGCUUGCAGUUUACUUAGGCAAGGCAUGAAACAAAUACAUUUAUCAAUUGCAAACAUUGAACUACUAACACAAGAUCCAAACAAGGAGACAAAAGAAAACCUAAUGAUGCAACUAACAAAUGCCUCCCAAAUGAUCAAGCUGGAGAAGGACCCAUAUGCAGCAUUUGCUCUGAUAAUUGAUGGAAAAACACUGACAUAUGCACUAGAGGAUGAUUUAAAGAAUCAGUUUCUGAGUCUAGCUGUUGAUUGUGCUUCUGUCAUAUGUUGCCGGGUAUCCCCAAGGCAGAAAGCAUUGGUGACCAGAUUGGUUAAAGAAGGUACAGGAAAAGUUACUUUGGCUAUAGGUGAUGGUGCUAAUGACGUUGGUAUGAUUCAAGAGGCUGAUAUAGGUGUCGGUAUUAGUGGUGUGGAAGGGAUGCAGGCAGUAAUGGCUAGUGAUUUCUCAAUUUCACAAUUCAGAUUCCUUCAACGACUUCUUGUAGUUCACGGCCAUUGGUGCUAUAAGCGGAUAGCACUCAUGAUUUGUUAUUUCUUCUAUAAAAACAUAGCAUUUGGGUUAACAAUAUUCUACUAUGAGACAUACACUGGCUUCUCCGGGCAGUCUGUAUAUGAUGAUUGGUACAUGCUCCUAUUUAAUGUAGUUCUGACAUCAUUGCCAGUAAUAACAUUAGGAGUUUUCGAGCAAGAUGUUUCUUCUGAAGUAUGCUUACAGUUCCCAGCACUGUACCAGCAAGGGCCUAGAGAUUUAUUCUUCGGUUGGUACCGGAUUAUCGGUUGGAUGCUUAAUGGCCUUUACUCCUCCAUCAUGAUACAUUUCCUCAACAUUGAAAUCUUUUACCUCGGUGCAUUCCGAGCCGAGGGCCAGACUGCUGACAUUGCUGCAGUUGGAGCCACCAUGUUCACCUGCAUCAUCUGGGCCGUAAAUGUGCAAAUCUCCCUCAUUAUGAGCCAUUUCACAUGGAUUCAGAUUCUCUUCGUAUGGGGCAGUGUUGCUGCCUGGUACCUUUUCUUGUUCUGCUAUGGGAUGUUGUCGCCGAUUAUCUCCGGAAAUGCCUUCAGAAUACUCCAAGAAGCCCUCGGAUCUGCACCAACCUUCUGGACUGCAACUCUCCUAGUUACUGCAGUGUGCAACAUCCCGUAUCUGCUCCACAUUUCCUUACAGAGGACCUUCAAUCCAUUAGAUCACCAUGUAAUCCAGGAGAUCAAGCACUACAAGAAGGAUUUGGAGGACCAACAUAUGUGGAAGAGAGAGAAGUCUAAGGCAAGGGAGAAGACUCUCAUCGGUUUUACUGCGAGGGUGGAUGCCAAGAUCAGGCAGAUCAAAGGGUCACUGCAAAGGAAAGUCUCAUCCAUGACAAUGCAAAGUGUGUGAUUUUCUGUUAAGUUUUUCUCUCUGUAAUUUCAUUUCUCUCUACCUCUAGUGUUUUUUUUCCCCUCCUUGCUAUUUUGAUUGUCCACCAAAUAUCACAUUCUUCCCGGGGAUGGUUUAAACUUUCCUGAAUGUAUAAAUCCAAUUGUACCAUAUUUAUAGUCACGUUGAAUUGAAGAGCCAUGGAGUUUAGUUGA